UGAUUCAGUUCAACUCCCAAAUACAAGUACUGCGUAGAAAUUAAAAGAAAAAAAAAAAAACUCUAAAAUAGUCUCGAUAACGUAAAAAGAAAAAGAGUUCAAAAGAUAAAAACCUGAACAAUAAACUGGAGUGAAGAAUCUCUCUAACCUCUAUCGGCUGGUGUCGGAGAUCUGCAGAAGUUCCGCACACAUUUUCCCGAGAAAGCAUUUUUCGGUUAAUCCAAACACACACACACGGAACGAUGAAUCUAUUCAGAUUAGCGGGGGAUAUGACCCAUUUGGUCAGCGUCGUCGUUUUGCUCCUCAAGAUCCACACCAUCAAAUCCUGCGCUGGCAUUUCCUUGAAGACUCAAGAACUCUAUGCUCUUGUUUUUGCUGCUCGCUAUUUGGAUUUAUUUACACAUUUCAACUCGUUUUAUAAUACCAUAAUGAAGUUAAUAUUCUUGGGGAGCUCUUUCUCAAUUGUUUGGUAUAUAAGGCACCACAAAAUAGUUCGCAGAACUUAUGAUAAGGACCAAGACACUUUUCAACAUGUUCUUCUUGUGUUGCCUUGCCUGCUUUUGGCACUACUCAUAAAUAACAAAUUCACUUUUACGGAGGUAAUGUGGACCUUUUCAAUAUAUUUGGAAGCUGUUGCCAUACUGCCUCAGCUGGUAUUGUUGCAAAGGACAAGAAAUAUUGACAACCUGACUGGACAAUAUGUUUUCCUCCUUGGUGCAUAUCGAGUGCUGUAUAUAUUAAACUGGAUUUAUCGCUACUUUACCGAGAAGCAUUAUGUCCAAUGGAUAACUUGGAUAUCGGGGCUUAUCCAGACACUGCUCUAUGCUGAUUUUUUCUACUAUUACUUUCAGAGCUGGAAGAACAAUGAAAGGCUCCACUUACCAGCUUGAAUUGCGAUCCCAUGUUUAGUGGCAGUUGUAGCUGGAAGAACUACUUACCAAACUUGAUUGUCUUUGACCAUGGUUGUUAGGCCUAGGUUGUCAUUAGAGCAUACGUGAACAUGUAAUAGUCUACUUAACCACCAAACUAAAAAAAACAGAACAAUUGUAAGAGAGUCUGAUUACUGUUGUUUGCCACUA